ACUAAAGCCCAAAUUUCUAUUAAAAUCUCAUCUCUACUGAUGGCGUCUCAAAUCUCCGACCAAAAGAAACGGGCACUGGAUGCCCUAGAACGAAGAUUCGCCUUCGACAAGGCCAAAAUCGUUCAGCAAGAGGAGAAAAUGAGCAAGAAAAUCAGGACAAACCCUAAGGACGAGCAAGAGGUGGUGGUGGCCGAUAGUCAAAAGGGAGACAAUCCGCCCUCUGCCUCGUCAUCAUCGAGGAAAGGGCAAGUCGUAUUCUCUGGUCAUACUCCUCGGCAAGAGACUUCUGGAGUUAGAGAAGAUGCUCAUCCUGCAUAUUCUGAAAUUCUGGAAAUCAUAGAUGAAAAUAUACUAGGCACUGCUACAAAGGAUUCCAAUAGAGGGGAUGCUGUCAACAAGAUUGUGUUUGAUCUUCUUCAACAUGGUGAUAAAGGACAUAAGUAUACCAAGGGUAGUAUAGCUAUGAAAAUUGAUAACUGGGUUCUUCUUGAUAAUUUCGUGCCCAAAGAUAGUUCUCUAAAGGAUGCUCGUGUAAAGGCUUUACAAAGCCACUCAAAGCGGUCAAAGAAGCACAUGACCAUGCGGCAACAUCGGAAGUGUGGAUCUCUAGAUUUGCUCAAGGAAUUCCACAACUUCAGUCUUUUCAAACCGAUGCAUGAAAUGUGGAAAGAGUACAUCAUCAAAAUUUUGAAGAACAGAGAAAAACAGCUAGCUCAGACUCUCCUUGUGGCAGAUUUGCAUGGAGCUUUUCUUGCAGUUGUUGAAUGUAAGACAAUUGCCUUCAAGGGUAUAAGUGGGAUUAUGAUUCGAGAAACUGCAAAAACUUUUGGUUUAAUUACACAAGACAACCUUUUCAGAGUUGUGCCUAAGCAAGGAUCUGUAUUUAUAUUCCAAGCUGGCUGCUGGAAAAUUACAUUACAUGGAGACAAUCUAUCAUUGAGAAAUAGUACCAGAUAAAAUGCCUGUAGCUUUCCUCUAUUGGUGAUUUGAGCAUUGGCUAUUCAAUGCAAGAGGAGGCGCUUCUCCCGUGUCCCGCUUACCCUGCAGCGUGCAAUAGGGAUGCAGACUGCUAUUUCCCAUGCAAGGCUCACGGCUACCCACCUGCACACGCACACUGCGUGCGAAAUCCUAUCGGCGACGAUCCGAUGUUUAUGUGCUGUUGCAAGCCCUGAAUUGUUCUCAUAGAAAUCUCAAUUGUUCUUCCUGCAGAUUGAUUAAUGCUGCUUUGAUCUUAAUACGUUUAGAAUAAAUGAGGUUUUUCAACA